UUUAAAAGAUGUAAAUUGUAUUGUGUUAAUAACUUGACUCAGGGUGGUCUUCAGACACCAGAAGAGCACCCCUUCCCUAAAGCACUGCCCCGCUCAACCUCCUGCAUGAAACGCCUUAGCCGCACGAACCGCCCUUCCCCCCAUAGAGCGGCCCGGUGGUGUCUCUGGGAGAAGGUGCCUUAAAGGCGUGUUGGCAGCGUCUGUGCUCGCUCUGCUUCUGAGGCCUCCCUGACUCCGUCCCCUCCCUGUGCAUCUUCACAGACGGCGUGUCACCUCCCAGCGCUGCUCCCUGGAGUUCUUGGAAGACGUGGUGGGGUGUGCCUCGGUGCAAAGAACCAAACACAUGUCUGGGUCCCCAAGACACAAAGGCUUGAAGAAGACCCACUUCAUCAAGAACAUGCGGCAGUAUGACACCAAGAGCAGCAGGAUUGUGCUAAUCUGCGCCAAGCGGUCCCUGUGUGCGGCCUUUUCAGUCCUGCCCUACGGAGAAGGCCUGCGGGUCAGUGACCCGAGGGCGGACGGCCAAAAGCAGCGGCGCCCGUCAGGUGGCGUCUCCGUGGCGUCUGAGAUGGUCUUCGAGUUGGAAGGUGUCGAGCUGGGCGCAGAUGGAAAGGUCGUGUCUUACGCCAAGUUCCUGUACCCCACCAACGCCCUGGUCGCACCCAAGAGCGACAGUCAUGGCCCAUCGGCCCAGCCUCGGACCAGCGUCCCCCGGUCUCUGCCAGGGUCAAGAUACAAGCCCGGCCCUGCCAAGUCGGUGCCAGCAGGCACAGAGCUAGGGAGCGACACCAGUGACGCCCUCGAGUACAACCCCGACCUGCUGGACGACCCGCGGUGGCCGUGUGGCAAGCACAAGCGCGUCCUCAUUUUUGCGUCUUACAUGACCACAGUGAUCGAGUACGUGAAGCCCUCGGACCUCAAAAAGGACAUGAACGAGACGUUCAGGGAGAAGUUCCCACACAUCAAGCUCACGCUGAGCAAAAUCCGGAGCCUGAAGCGGGAGAUGCGCAGCCUUUCAGAGGAGUGCAGCCUGGAGCCCGUGACCGUGUCCAUGGCUUACGUGUACUUCGAGAAGCUCGUGCUGCAGGGCAAGCUCAACAAGCAGAACCGCAAGCUGUGCGCCGGCGCCUGCGUGCUGCUCGCCGCCAAGAUCAGCAGCGAUCUGCGCAAGAGCGAAGUCAAGCAGCUUAUCGACAAGUUGGAAGAACGAUUUCGGUUCAACCGACGCGACCUGAUCGGGUUUGAGUUCACCGUGCUGGUGGCUUUGGAGCUUGCCCUGUACCUUCCCGAGAGCCAGGUGUUACCUCACUACAGACGCCUCACCCAGCAGUUCUAG